AAGAAGUCGGAAGUGUUAAGAGGACGCUGUGGUUAACAGGACUGUGUAAAACUGAAGUUUCAUCCCACAUCCGUGACGUGACAGCAGCAGUGUGGCGUCCCUCUCCCAGCUAAAUGCACGGAUGAUCCGUCCUGAGUAAUCCUGAUCGGCGUGGUUGUGUUUCCUCCCUCCAAAGCGCGGUAUUCUCUGGCCGUGUAGACUGUCAUGAGAUCAGUUUGGGCAUGGCGUCCCUCCCGAGUUACGGUAAGACGGCGGGAGCAGCGGAGGAUGAGAACGGAGAACCGGACCGGUCCCUGCAGCACAUGCUGAAGGCCAUCGCAGAUGAACGAAACCGACUGAAUAUUCGGCAGGAGAUUAGCGGCAUCGGGUGUUUUAAAGAUGACCGAAUUGUCUUCUGGACAUGGAUGUUCUCCACAUACUUCAUGGAGAAGUGGUCACCACGUCAGGACGACAUGCUGUUCUAUGUGCGUCGCAAGCUCGCUUACGUCAGCACCGAUAACACAGAAGGGAAGAAGGUGGAGGUCGAGGUAUACAGAAGGGACUCAAAAAAGCUGCCUGGAUUGGGGGAUCCAGACAUAGACUGGGAGGAGAGUGUAUACCUGAACCUCAUCCUACAAAAGCUGGACUACGUGGUCACAUGUGCAGUGUGUACACGCUCAGAUGCGGGAGACAUCCACAUCCACAAAAAGAAGUCGCAGCAAGUGUUUGCUUCUCCCAGCAAGCACCCGAUGGACAGCAAGGGUGAGGAGUCCAAGAUGAGCUACCCGAACAUCUUCUUCAUGAUCGACAACUUUGAGGAGGUGUUCAGCGAUAUGACUGUUGGAGAAGGAGAAAUGGUGUGUGUGGAGCUGGUGGCCAGCGACAAGACCACCACUUUCCAGGGAGUUAUCUUCCAGGGCUCCAUCCGCUACGAAGCCCUGAAAAAGGUUUAUGACAACCGGGUGAGUGUGGCUGCUAAAAUGGCCCAACGGAUGUCAUUCGGCUUCUACAAAUACAACAACAUGGAGUUUGUGCGGAUGAAGGGCCCUCAGGGGAAAGGACAUGCCGAGAUGGCUGUGAGUCGAGUGCCGACUGGAGACACAUCACCCUGCGGUACAGAGGAGGACCAGGACUCGCCUCUGCACGAGAGGGUCACAUCGUUCAGCACUCCCCCGACCCCUGAGAGAAACAGACCGUCCUUCUUCUCUCCCUCACUGCGCCGCAAAGUGCCCCGCAACCGCAUAGCCGAGAUGAAGAAAUCCCACUCCGCCAACGACAGCGAGGAGUUCUUCAGGGACGAGGAUGAAGAAGACCUGUGUAACACCACAAACCUUCGCUCACGCUCUCUUUCGGGAACUGGCCGCUCACUCGUGGGCUCCUGGCUGAAGCUGAACAGGACAGAGGACUACUUCCUGCUCUACUCACAUCUUACCUACAUCACUCUUCCUUUACACCGGAUAACUACAGAUAUUCUGGAGGUGAGACAAAAGCCUAUUCUGAUGAUGUAGUGGCUGCUGACUUCCUUAGAACUUGUGACUAAGUGCCUCUCCACAUCAGGCCCCUCAGACAACAGCGCCAUCUCACAUCCAUACAGAGAACCAAAAAAAACAAAAAAAAAAACCCAUCACUGACUAAAGGAGAGGAGAAGAAACGUGAGAAAUAAGGACUUAUUAAAAACAAACCAGCCAAUCAAGAAGUGCCUCUUCCACCUGUUUUCUGUGACAGUCUGUAUGUGGACACGAGCGCAACAGCCCGAGUGACUGAACACCCGCCGUCUGACAUGCCUCGUUCCAUCUGAUCAGCUCAGGCUCGGAUGGCAGGACUGGCUAACGUCCCACCUGCGAGCGAAAGGGAAACGCAUCAAAGAGAAGAAAAGAAAAAAAAAAACAUGCAAAAGAAUGUUUCCUUGUAAAUAUACUGCUGCUUAGAAUACUCAGUGAAUCUACCAACCAUGACCCUCUCAGUCUCGUGUAAACAGACUCUGCUGGGUCUUUCAAUGUUGUUGAUUUGUGCGUAGUGCUUUUUUCCAAAGGCAACCCAAAUCCCCCCCCUUUUUGCCCCCACCUCACUCUCUUACCCCACCUCAUCCCCAAACCCCACCUCAUCCUUAGGCCUUAACACGUCCUAACCAGCUAAUGUGACAUCUAGAUUCUGUUUCAUGGCGUACUCCUUACUCAAGAGUCUGGAAUUGAAAAUGCUGGAUGUGUCUUAAGUUCAACCUACACACAAAAAAAAAACGUGCGGGAAAAAUAGCUGCACAGGUAGAUUUUUUUUUUGUUAAAAAGGCCUGAUUCAUUUGUAUGUUUGGAGAUCUUUGUAUUCAUUGUGAUAUUUAUUAAUGAGUUUCAAGUGCAACUGAAUGAUGAUGAAACUGAAAGGGUUUGAAGAGCAGGUUUCCCUGAGAAUGAUGUAAUCGAUUUCUUGUGUAAUUCACCAUCUGUAGCUGUUAGAUCUCAUCAACACACCUGUCCUACAGAAGCCCUGAAACACAACAUUUAGCUUUCGUUGUUAUUUUGAUUUAAUUACUCGCGACAUCGACCUGAUAGCUCUCUUGUAUUUUGUUAUUAUUUAGACGUCUUUUCAUUCAUUAGCUUGUGAAGCGUUAAAUUAAUUAGCAAUCAUUAGCCAUUAUGUCUGAAUGGCGUACUAACUGCGGACAUCAUUGAAUUAUUCCUAUUGAUCAAUUGUACGGUGUUAUAUAUUCUCUAUAUAACAACACCGGUGGCACGGUGGCUUAGUGGUUAACGCUGUCGCCUCGCUGUCCCUAGUUGGACUACAGAGGUUCCUAGAUGGAUGGAUAUUACACCACCAUGUUAAAAUAAUUAAAAAAGAAUCAUAUGUUGGAAUUAUUAUUAUUAUUAUUAUAACUGCAACAUCCUAAAAAAAGUUGAUAUAACAAUAUAAUAUCAUGAAUAAUACAGCUUUAAGUUGAAAUAAUGGCAUCCCUUCAAGUUAUUUUUUUUUGCAUUUCAGGACAUUCACACAUUUUGUUCUGUCUUGUCUGUUGGAUCUGAACCCAUAAAUGUUUGAGGGUUUUAGGAAUUCUUUAAACCCGAGCAGGAACUCUCUCUCUCUCUGCACCUUUCUGUUGCUCCAGUCCUGUAUUCUCUUGUAAAGUGUUUACUUCCGAUUGCUGUUGUGUUUCAACUCAUUUCUGUCAGUUGAUCGGCCUUGAACAUGAAGUGUUUUUGAAGAAAGCGAGGAACAAACCUGAUUUGUCAGUAUUAUGUUGGAUGUCGUGAGCUGAAUGUAUUCCUAGUGACUGCUUUGAAGGCGGCUUUAGUAACCUUUUGAUAGUUGAAAGGCUGCCUGCUUGGUCUGCAACAUUUUUCUUUCGAUGCUUCAAUACACUUUCGUUGUAUUUAUUUUCCUUCUUCUUCCUUUAUUAUUCUGUUGAAGCCCAUGUCAACCAAAUCAAAAGCUCUUUGCAAGAAAAGUCUUGUGGUACAUAAACUGUUCUUUAACCGCUUUAAAACCACAUUUUUGUUUGUAUUAGUUUUUUUUUUCUUUUCUUUUUAAGAGAAAACAUGCAUGUUUAUCCUAUAUUUAUGUUACUCCAUAAAUAAUUGUACAUUUUCUGUACCUCUUAUUGAAAUACAAAUUAUCAAAGAAAAAGAAAUGAAUUCAUGAACUAUUUACAAGUGGAAAGGACAUUAAAAAUAUUGCGGAGAAAUGCAGGCUACACAAAUGGAUCAUGCAGUCAACCAUAUUAAUGCCUUAUAGUGAGAGGUAUCUGGUACAUCCAAUAGCCUUUAAUUAGUGAAUCAUUACUGCAGUGAUGAAUAAUUGUCCCCUGCAAUAAUUCCUUAAACCCUAUCUGAGGCAGUAAGUAGCUUUUUAUUUUUAAUAUCAGAAAAAAUAUCAGAAAAUAUCAAAAUUUCAGAAAUUAUCAAAAUAUUGGCCUGCAUCAAGUAAAGAAAACAACUAAGGAAUUAACUGGAAGGAUAGGGUUCAGCCAUCAACUAUGAGAAGGAUUUGGGAAUGACUGUUCCAACACAUAGUGAGAUUGCAUCGUAAAAAGAAUCACUUUUUGCAUAUGUGGUGUGAUGAGUCCAGUUGACCCUAUUACAGAGUGAUGCAUACGUCAGGGUAAGAAGGGAAGCGCAUGAAAUGAUGUGCCCAUCAUGCAUAGUGGCUACUGUACAAGCAUCUAGAGGCAGUGUUAUAAUCUGAGGUUGCUUCAGUUAGUCAGGUCCAGGCUCAGCAACAUUAUGCUGCAAUAAAAUAGUCAGCUGACGGCCUGAAUGUACUGAAUGACCAGAGUAUUACGUCAAUGUUUUUUCCUGAUUGCAUGGUC